CGAUACUCGAGAUUAGAAGGUUUGACUGCUUAAAAAAAAAAAACAACGUAUAUAUUCGUCUACAAUCCUGGAUAGUGUUCUUGCUGAGAAAGAUGAGUGCACUGGGAACAACGUUUGUGCUAGCUAUUCUAACUGCUGCGGUUCUCAAUGCUGCGGUUCUGUGCAAUGGAGGUGUCACGAGUAGUUUCGUGAGGAAAGUUGAGAAGACUGUCGAUAUGCCACUUGACAGCGAUGUCUUCAAGGUGCCUCCCGGCUAUAAUGCGCCUCAACAGGUACAUAUAACUCAAGGAGAUCAUGUAGGAAAAGCAGUAAUUGUAUCGUGGGUAACUGUAGAGGAGCCAGGCUCAAACACAGUUCUAUACUGGGCCGAGAAGAGUGCUCACAAGAAUAAGGCAAAGGGCAGCCUAACCAGAUACAAGUUUUACAAUUACACCUCUGGUUUUAUCCAUCACUGCACUAUUAGGAAUUUGGAGCACGAGACCAAAUAUUACUACGAGGUUGGAAUUGGGAACACAACAAGAACAUUCUGGUUCACUACACCUCCAGAAGUUGGCCCUGAUGUUCCAUAUACUUUUGGUCUCAUAGGGGAUCUUGGCCAGAGUUAUGAUUCCAACAGGACGCUCACGCAUUACGAGCACAAUCCAAUUAAGGGGCAGGCUGUAUUAUUUGUUGGAGACCUUUCUUAUGCCGACAACUACCCUAAUCACGACAACGUUAGAUGGGAUACAUGGGCAAGAUUUGUCGAAAGAAAUGUAGCUUAUCAGCCUUGGAUUUGGACAGCUGGCAAUCAUGAAAUCGACUUUGCUCCUGAAAUUGGUGAAACGAAACCUUUCAAGCCUUACACGCACCGUUACCGUGUCCCGUUCAAAGCAUCAGGAAGUACUGCUCCUUUUUGGUACUCUAUCAAGAGAGCUUCAGCUUACAUCAUUGUUUUGUCCUCGUAUUCGGCAUAUGGAAAAUACACUCCUCAAUAUAAUUGGCUUGAAGCGGAGCUACCGAAAGUCAACAGGUCAGAGACACCGUGGCUGAUUGUUCUUAUGCAUUCUCCAUGGUACAAUAGCUACAACUACCACUACAUGGAAGGAGAAACCAUGAGGGUCAUGUACGAACCAUGGUUCGUCGAGUACAAAGUCGAUCUCGUAUUUGCAGGCCAUGUCCACGCAUAUGAACGAUCGGAACGUGUAUCUAACGUAGCUUACAAUAUUGUGAACGGAAUUUGCACUCCGGUGAAUGACCAAUCUGCCCCCGUAUAUAUAACAAUCGGGGAUGGAGGAAAUAUUGAAGGCCUAGCUACAAUCAUGACAGAGCCACAGCCUAAGUACUCAGCGUUUAGGGAGGCUAGCUUCGGCCAUGCAACACUUGAUAUAAAGAACAGAACCCAUGCUUACUACAGCUGGCAUCGUAAUCAAGAUGGAUUUGCUGUAAAAGCUGAUACGGUUUGGUUUUUCAACCGAUUUUGGCGCCAGAUUGAUGAUUCUACUACCUAAAAAAUCUGUGUUUAAUUUGUUUUCUCGGUUAAUUGGACUGCUUUUAGAUGAUAAGAUGAACACACGAAGUCGAAUAUUGCGAACUUUUUUUCUUUCGAUGCGAAAUAUGAAUCCACGUGUAUUGAGAUUUGUAGUGCAGUUCUCCUCAAUAAUAUUUCAACACUCUGAAAUCUGAAUUGCAGAAA